UGGAAGCAAUAAAAUAAAAUUUCCUCACCAAAAAAUGGGCCUUCGAUUUCACGAAAAAUACCUACUUUUAAUCGGCAGCGUUUCUCUAGGCCUUUUUAUACUUUCAGCAACUCUUUUUUAUUUUUCUUCGUCAGAUUUGUCGUCAACUCUUCAACAACACAAAAUACGGGAUGUGGGGAAUAGAAGAGAAAAUGAAGAAUUGCUGAUUAGGAAAGAGGUUGUUUAUAGGCACAAUUUGUCUGAUAAUUCUGCUCAAAGACAAAAUAAUGAUUAUAGAAGAAAUUAUGUUAAAGAGAUGAUGAAAUUCGCUUGGGAUGGAUAUGUUGCUCAUGCUUGGGGUCAAAACGAAUUAAACCCAAUUACCAAAUCAGGCCAUAGCGGAUCAAUUUUUGGAAGUGCCCAUUUAGGCGCAACUAUUGUGGACGCUGCUGACACUCUUUACAUUAUGGGCCUUAAAGAAGAAUUUGAAAAAGCCAAGCAAUGGAUAGACUCUAGUUUUGAUAUUUUAACGGCCUCGAGUGAUUUGUCUGUUUUUGAGACAAAUAUUAGAUAUGUAGGAGGGUUGUUAUCUGCAUAUGCACUUACAAAAGAAAAGUUAUUUCUUUCAAAAGCAAUUCAAAUAGCCGAUUUACUCCUUCCAGCAUUUGAUGCAUCGUCUACAGGAAUUCCAUUAGCUUUAAUUAAUGUUCAAACGGGGAAAGCAACAAAUUAUAAUUGGGCAAGUGGGGGUUGUUCUAUUUUAUCUGAAUUUGGUUCAAUUGAAUUGGAAUUUUCUUUUUUGUCUAAAAUUACUGGAAAUGAUACUUAUUGGUUAAAAUGUAGAAAAUUGAGAGAAUUUGUUGAUAAAUUGGAAAAACCUGAUGGGCUUUAUCCGGUAAAAAAUUUUUAA